AGCGGCCCGCCUGCCCGGCACCAACAUGGCCGCUCUGACGCCGAGGGAACUGCGUAUGCGCCGUGCGGUGCGCCGCUCCGUGCCAGUCAUACACGACGUCAUGACGCCUAGAUUGGGAAAAUCAAUAUCCGCCAUGUUAGUUACUGGCAGCGGUCCGGCCACUGCGCAUGCGCAGAUAUUGCCACUAGUCAUCAUGGCGAUUGUGGGCACUGCGCUUCCUGCAUGUGUGGGCGGGGUAAUUGUGAUGACGUCCUCUGGCAGAGAUCGCUGAUUGGUGGGUUUGUGUUCGGCUUUGGCGCCGGUCUGUAGUGUAGCAGUAACGGAGCAGAGGGGACCGGAGACCGGCGGCAUGUGCGACAAGGAGGUUGCGGUGCUGGAGGCCCUCGCCCGGUGCGGGCUCCGGAGUCUCAGGCGAGCAUGGGUGGAGUCUGUGUGGGAGCUGGACUUCACGGAGGCGGAGCCUCUGGAUCCCAGGGUGGAAGCGGAGGUCACAGAGAACGGCCUCGAAGUCUUCAACAACUUGUACGAGAGUCUCCUGCCUUUUGCAUCUGAAGAUCAGGAGAACACACGGAGCGUCUGGGUCCUGUUUGCAGAGAAUGACAUUUGCCGCAAUUCCCUGGUGGCGGUGCUGUACCACUUCAUCCAGGCCGGAGAGGCUAAGAAGGCAGGGGUCAUGCAGCGAGUACUGGCAUUGCACGCAGCCGGCCUGUACUUUCUUCUGCUGGAGAUCCCAGGCAGUGUUGCCAACCAGGUCUUUCAUCCCGUCCUGUUUGACAAAUGUGUGAACAGCCUGGAGAAGUGCUGGCCCCAGGAGCCGGAUUCCAGCCGCAAGAGGAAGAAGGACGCGGCCAAGAGCUCCCAGGGGGAGAGUCACGGUGGCAGGAAACGUCCCCGGCCCACCCGCAGAGAGGCAUUAGAGCUGGAUGACUUGUCAGAAGAGGAGGGGGAUGAAGACGCCGUAUAUUUCUCUACCCGCGACCUGAUGAACAUCCGAGAGUCCAUCGUCCUGCUUCUGAGAAACUUCCUGCGUCUCCUGCCGAGGUUCUCCCUGAAGGAGAAGCCACAGAGUGUACUGCACUGUAUGCAGAUCUUCAUAAACAUGACCAGCUUCGAGACGUUCCCCAGAGAGCUGUCCUUCUCAGAUGCUGUCCCUGUUACCCACAUGAAGUAUGUACCGGAGCUGGUGUACCACGGGCUGUGGAUGCUUUGUCUGCCCAUCCACGGAGAAGUCAAUCAGACUCUUCGCAGGCUUUUCCAGCGUCUGCUGAACGUUAUCAUCAUGGUAAAAGGAGGAGACGGCUCCAAGUCGGCUAUUCUUACCAUCAGCUCUGCGGUCACGGCUGCCAGGGACCAGGCGAUUCGAUUUGUCAGGUUCCUGGUGAAUGACUUGAAGGAGGUGUCUUAUCCCAUUCUACUAAUCCUGUUGCAGCACAUUUGUGUCAAGUGUCCGGAUAAGGCUGAUUACCGGGUGUCGGCAGCCCAGGCUCUGGUGAGACUGCUGGAGAAGUUCCCUAACCCGGAAUAUGCUGCAUUUAUAGAGUGGCUGUAUAAGUUCUCGUGGAACUCCAAGAUCUCGUACAGAGUGUUUGCUCUGGAUGUAGCCAUCACCCUUUUGGAGCUCCCAGAGAGGGUGGUAGACUCCUCGUUUCCUCCAGACAACCUGAAGUUUCUGCAGCACAAGUUCCUGCUGCAGGCUAUGGUGUUCAGCCGCUGCUCUGACAAAGCCCCCACAGUGCGCAGCAAAGCCCUGUCUUGCCUGGCGCAGUAUCUGGAGAAGAACGCCACCUCGGCUGCAGAGGGGCUGCAGGAGCUUCUGCAAGGCAGUAGUUGCCGGGCGGCUUCCAGGACCAACUUCACAACCGAGAGUUCAGUCAACAGCACAGAAGCUUCUAGUCAUGUGCGGAAAACUAUGGGUGCUCUGAGGACCAUUGAGGUGUCGGAGGCCGGAGACGCUGAUGGAGGGGAGACGCUGUUGAUGCUGCGGCUCAGGGCUGGCGAUGAGAAGACCAACGUUCGGAAGUCUGCGCUCCAGGUGCUGGUGAAUAUCCUGAAGUACAAUCUCAUUUCCUGCACCUCGGAAGAUCUCUCUACCCUCCAGGAUAGGUGCAGGGAUCCGGCGGUCUCGGUGCGUAAGCAGGCGCUGACCUCCAUGACGGAACUACUACAGGCCCAGCCGGGGAACGUCUUGGUGCAGAAAGCUUGGCUGACCGGGUUGAUCCCGGUGGUGCUGGACACUGAGACUUCUGUGCAGGAGAAGACACUGGAGUGUCUGGACCAGCUCAUUCUCCAGAACAUCAAACAUUACAGCCGCUACAAGGAUGAGGAUGAGAAGCAGAAGCUGGCGUGGGACCUGCUCAACCUGCUGAUUACGGACAGCCAGGACCUCAGCCGCUAUCUGACGAAAGCCUUUCACCUAUGGGCCAAGCAGGAUAAGUUUUCCUCCUCUCUGAUCAGUAACUUGAUCUCGCACACCGAGACCGUGCACUCCGCCCCGGCCUGGAUGGUGCUCGCUAAGGUCGCGGGGUCAUCGCCAAAACUGGACUACACCAAAAUCCUGAACACCUGGGAUCAAGUCAGCAGGCAGGCUGAUGCCAACUCCAGUACCACCGGGCACAUUCUGUGUGUGAUGGGUCAUAUUGCAAAACACCUGCUUGCGGACACUAGAGCCCAGCUGAUCGAUCACGUAAAGUCUUGGCUGAAAGAGUUUAAGUCUCCACCUGAGAUAAUAAGCCCUGCAAUAGAGACCUUGCAGAAGCUGUGCUAUGCUCACCUGGAGUCACCCGAGGGGGUGCAGGAGCUGCUGAAUGAGGUGUGCAGUGACCUGGUGUCGGCCAGUGAAGCGCACAUUUCCUCCAUGGUGAUGUCCGACUCGCGGGAUGCGCACUUUGAUCAGGAACUGAUGGUCCGGCACCUUUUCACCCUGGGGGAAGCUGCCCAACUGUGUCCAGCGCGGGUGGAGAAACGCGUGUUGCUUCUAGUUCAGUCUAUUUUGGUCACCUUGCCUACAGAACACAAUGACUGCGUUCCAGAGAAUACGGAUAUUCCACUCUCACAGCAACAGUCUCAACCAAUUUCCCAGUUUCGAGGGUCCACUAUGCCACCGCUGGUCCGGGCUCACGCCUUCAUUACACUCGGAAAGUUGUGCCUUCAGCACGAAGACCUCGCCAAGAAAUGUGUACCCGCUCUUGCCCGGGAGCUAGAGGUGUGCGAUGAUGUCGCCAUCCGGAACAACGUGAUUAUCGUUAUCUGUGACCUGUGCAUCCGGUACACCACCAUGGUGGACCGAUAUAUCCCCAAUGUGUCUGUGUGUCUCCGAGACAGGGACCCCUUUAUCCGGAAGCAGACGCUUAUCAUGCUGACCAACCUGCUGCAGGAGGAGUUUGUGAAGUGGAAAGGUUCCCUCUUCUUUCACUUCGUUAGCGUGCUGGUGGACCCAGAGCCAGAGAUCGCCAAGCUUGGGGAGUUCUGUCUGGUUCAUCUUCUGCUCAAAAGGAAUCCUGUCAUGUUCUCCCAGCAUUUCAUCGAAUGUAUUUUUCACUUUACUUCCUACGAGAAACACGAGAAGUACAACAAGUUCUCGCAGACAGAGAGGGAGCGGAAGCUCUUCUCCCUCAAAGGGUCAGAGAACAAGGAGAAACGCAUGAAGAUCUACAAAUUCCUGCUCGACCACUUUACGGACGAGCAAAGGUUUAGUCUGACCACGAAGAUCAGCCAGAACGUUCUAGCUUGUUUUGUGGACGAAGCUUUACCGACGGACAUGGAAGCCAAUGAGCUGCUCUCGGACAUCUUUGAGAUCAUGAGUUGUAAGGAGAUCAAGCUAUCGGCCAUGAGGUCUAAGCCUGGGGAGGAUGUUGGCGGGGAUGAUGAUGAAAUGGCUAUGGCCAAUGCAGUCAUCCAGGUGGCACAGAAGAAGCUAAUCUCCCAGGUUCAAAAGAGAAACUUCAUAGAAAACAUCAUCCCCAUAAUCUCCUCGCUGAAGGGCUUCCUGGAGCAGCGUCGUAUCCCUGCGCUGCGCGGCCUCAUGAAUUACCUGCGGGAGAUGAUGGAAGAUUACAGGGACGAGAUCAAGGAUUUCUUCGCCGCUGACAAACAGCUGGCCGCAGAGCUGGAGUAUGAUAUGAAGAAGUAUGAGGAGCAGCUGGCCCUGGAGAAGGCACAAUGCGAGCACGCAGACGCCGCUGUGGAGCCGGAGGCCGUUGUACCUGGUAGUCCACAGGGCUCACCUCGUGCCGGGUCUCCUAGGAACCUCAAUGCUCACCGAUCUCCGCUGUCCACUAUAGAGGAGGCAACCGGAGGAGCCGCACCCUGUACACCCAUUACAACGCCCCGCGUUCGCGUGCUGGCAGGACCGGUCACCAGGCCCAGGCAGAUGUCGCUCAGCACUCUCGCUGUCCUCAACUCCGCCAGGAAAACAGUGGAAGGCACCUCUAAGCCACGGAGCAAGAGUAUUGGGGCGCAGCCCGCGACGCCGUCCUUCAGUAUCAACGGAAGUAAGCUAGAUUCGUUCCGCAAUUCGGACCAGAAAUCUGAUGUAUCCCUUACAGGAAGAGCGAUCAGUACUCCCGACCGGACUAUUCAAAACGUCACGUUUGGCGCAGGAGUCAGUUACAUUGGUUCAAACCAAACCAUCAACGCUUCCCGCGAGCAGGAGGGAGACGUCUUGUGUAUAAUGUCGCCAGACAAGCCUGAGCCGCAGCCACGGCAGUGGAACGUGGAGUCCCCGAUGCAGAGCAGAAGUAACCGCCGCCAGGCCUCAGGACGAGCUCCGCUCAGACCAACCAACUAGAACAUUGAAUGUUUCGGAGGGAACACGCGUGUGGUGCUUCCCUCCUAUUUGUACUUUCAUGUCCGUGUCCCUGUAUAUAUCACCCCGUAUUUUUACGCUGCGCGGCUUUUGUAUGAUUUUGCACUUUGUUACUUGUAACCAUGUCGCUAAUUUGCGGUCUUCGUUUUCUGCAGAGUUGAUUGGAUUGUGCCACAGAUACCUGUAAUUAUCUAACGGUGCUUUUACAUAAUAAAAGGCUGCAGUAUCGAGGGUCCUGCAAGUCUGUGUGUAA